UGGGAACCGUGAUCGACCCAGACAAGCUCCCCAGAGUGCUGAAGAGUGAAGUGAAGGCUGAUUACGUACAGCGCCCGUACCGGCUCAGUGCAUGCAGUGUGAACUGCCUUCUUUUGAUCGCCAUACCGGUCCCUAAACGUUUGUGCUGCUUGUAUUAGUAGUUGUAGCUACUGUGUGUAUUACAUUAUACAUGUCGUAGGUGCAGUGAUUGCUUCACUUUUGUUGCUCCACCUGCCGGAGUGGUAAUUAUUUGCCGCCAAGUGGCGUGUGUGGUAGCAUGAACAGCAAUGAAUAACUAAGUUACUUGGUAGGGCCCAACUUCUACCUUCCAGGUCCGGAUUGAACCAAUUUACAACCGAUCCCUCCAUCACCGCUAGUUUACCACAACAAGAGCAUAUUAAACCGGCAGUCUUGAACGAGAGCUUUGUGCUUGUGGUGAUGGUUUGUGACCAUUUCCCCCUUUGAAUUCGUGCGAGCGACAGGGCGCGUUACGCGUUACGCCGAUCAAUCCAACCUACAAAGUUAGUAGAAACGCUGACCGUUGUGGUCCCAACGUUACGUGUUAUUCAUCUAAUCAUUUGACUGAACGAACUUGGUCUGGCUGAAAUCAGCGGUGGAUGCUAUCGCGGUGCUUGCAGUCGAAACGACCUCCAUCCAAGCCUAUUACUAGUAUUAGUAUUUUUAGUCUAGAUACCUUGACUAGUUGUUUGUUGGCCAGCCAUCAGUGCAAGGCCAUACCUAACCGCUAGCACAGUACAGGCACAGAUUCAAAAGUCGCUCAGCUUCGUUCUGGCCAGGGCAAGGAAAAAGAAAUCCACUGCCGCUGCAAGAACUGAAGAACCUGAAGAGCCAUCAUUCUGUACUUGUACCCGGCCGCGGUAGAGAAUCGUCAUGGAGCCUCUGAGGAUGCCCUCAGAGUUGUCUGGUCUUCCGAAAAUCGUUGCCAGUAUCGUCGUCGGGGACGAGCGGAGAGAGCAUGGAAUGUUCAGCGUGUACACAGGCCGCUCGCACCGCGAUGACAAGGAUGUUCUGAUCAAGUUCCUGCAUAGAUCCGUGCACGAUCAUUUGACGUUAUCGGUAGUUCCGGAUGGCGUUGAGGCGAAGCAGAAGUUCUACGGCGAGUGCAUCAAACUCGGUCAUGACAUGUUUAAGCACCCUAACAUCAUCCGGCAGUUAGGUGUUUGUGAGCCGCAGCCACCCACAACAACGAGUCCCGGCCUGGUGUUCGAGCACAUGUUCUGCACAUUGGAGGAGCGCCUGUCACUGCCAACACCGUUGGAGCGGCUCGGCGAGGUGCGCAUUGCCAAGGACGUCAUGGCUGGCUUGGAGCACUUGCACAAGAAGAAGCUAGUGCAUCGCAACGUCUGGACGAAAACUAUCAUGCUGAAGUCCGCUUCGCCGACAGACUGCACAGCAAAGCUUAGCAAUCUAAUGUUGGUCGUCAAGGAAUCAUCAGAGGAUAUCAACGAAGAUGUACCUGUUGGCAAGCAAAUGUCCAAGGCAGCUGAUUACUUGUUUACGUUCGGCCUCCCAAGCCAGACUACAAUGAAGUUGCUGGACUUCCGAGAAGACAUAUGCAUCCCUCCGGAGUUGAGAGCGAAAGUACUUAGUGACGAUGACCGGCGCUGUGAUCGACCGAGCCACGACAUCUUCUCCUACGGUGUCACCAUGCUAAGGAUGUGUGCGCCAAGCGUGGCACUUGACGACCGAAUGGCCUGCCCGCUGGAAAUAUUGCAGUCCAUGGAGGCGGAAACCAACGACCCGCUCAUCAAGUUAAUCAGGGAAUGCACCGAGGGAACACCUUCUAAACGACCCACGGCAGCGACGGCAAGCCUACGGCUGUCUGCAAUGUUAUCCGAAGCGGAAACGAAUGCCGCACAGCAAGCAGACAAAGCACGGCGUCCUCAUGAGCAACCUCAAGCACGAGGAGCGGCUUUUGCAUCACUGGAGAAGGAUAUCGCUGCAAACCACGGGAAGCAUUUCGCCGCUGGCAAUGUACUUGAUGCUAGCAAGAAGGAGAAAUAUGGGUCCCGGCCGCCUCAUAAGCAGCAGGAAAAGCAAACUGGACAGCAGCAGCCAGUGCACGCACACACAAUGCCAUUGUUUGAGAAGGACGUGGUUCCGAAUCGACGAAUGGAGUUUUCACGAGAUGAGCCACAGCACUUUCCAAAGCGGACGCAGAAGCAGUCACAACAGCAACAACAACAACAAGAACAACACCGACACAGGGCACAUGAUUUAGAUGUCUCGAAAUGGGAGCAGGGCCCGAGCAGUAGUUGCCGCGACAAGGAUGCGGCAGGUGACUCGCUGGAUGAGAUGAGAGGGGAUAACCAUCGCCUCAAGCGACAGCUUGAGAAGGUCCGUGAGGAGCUGGAGUUUGUACGCCGCAAGCAACGGCAGCAGGAUGAGAUGAAAGAGGAAAACCAUCGCCUCAAGCAACAGCUUGAGCAGGUCCACGAGGAACUGGAGUUUGUGCGCCGCAAGCAGCUGCAACAGAAAACAUCAAAUGAGGAGACUAUGUCAGAACUGGACAGUGCUCGUGCCGCAAGCCGUCGAAAAGAGACGGCUGCCCGCGACACACUUGGACAAAUGACCGAUGAGAUUGGAGCACUGCGCGAACAACUGGCACGGGCACAUCAGUCAGCAGUGGAAGAAAAACAGCGUCUGCAGCGAGAGCAUCAGUCCGAACUGCUGGGCAUCAACCAGGUCAAAGAAGACAUGUUCCAACGAAUUAAGCUUUUGAAAUCCAGGACGGAAGAGCUGGAGGAACAUUGCCGCAAACAGCGUGAUCAGGCCGACAAAGCCGAGCAGACGCACAAGGACGUAGGCAGCGAUCUGAUGGCGAAGUACUCCACAGAAAUCAAGCACGUCCAGUCUCUACAAGGGAAGCUGCAGGCCAGGGACAACGAAAUCCUGCGAUACCGCGAGGCGAACGCGAGGUCAGUGCGCGAGCGACGGCUGCUGUACGACACACUUGAGCGGGCGUCGCGGCCCACUGGCGUGCAGUUUGACCAUCCGGCACGACGAUCGUCUGCCUGCUGCCUGGUCUUGGGUGUGCCACCUACCGGCAAUGGUCUGCAGUGUGCACAAUGGUCAUCCAAACUCGGCGGCAGAGACGCACAGUUCCGGGAGGUCUUCUACCAUGCCAGCAGAAGACCGUGCGUACACAACGGGCGCGUGUUCACCGCUCUCUGGAAGAAGGAUGGCCAGUUGAUAAAAGUGGGCUUCCGAAGCUCGCCGCUCAACGAUCUUCACACAUGGACCAGUGUGACGAAGCAUCAGACUCUUCCGGAAGGAGCGAACAAAGAUACCCAUCAGUUUGAUUUCAUUUCUCAUGCUCAGCAGGUGUAUUGCGUGGCUUCGUCACAGAUCCAGAAGCUCAUCUGCCUAUUGCGCCUGCAGGAGGCCGCGGAUCCAAGAGAUAGCGGCGAGUGGAUCGAGGUGGAUAGGAAGAAUGAGUUCCGUGCGAACUAUGGCAUCGGCGUCGUAGGCGACGAGCUGAUAAUCGUGGGUGGCACGGCACACAACGGGAGUGGUGUACAGGUGGCGAAGCUCGAUAUCUUGGCAUUCAACCUCGCACAUCCAGGUCCAGGCGGCAACACAUCGCAAUGGCCACAAUUAGGCAUGAGCUGUAUCUGUCCCGACGUGGUGUUCGAUGGCAAACGCGUCUGUCUGUUUAAUGGCCAGCGUGACGGAGUAAAACUGCAGACGACUGUGCUCAGCAUUGACUACCAGCAGCCCAUUGCCGGGCGUGAAUGGCGCAAGAACGACAGCCUGUCGGAAGGCAUCAUGGCCGGCUGCGGUGUCACAGUUAGCAACGGCUACAUUGUGACGGCUGGAGGCAUUAAGUACAGGCUUGUAACCUGGUCUCGCUUUGCUGUUUGCAGCACGUUUGUCCAAGUCUAUUCUGAGAAGCUGAAGAAGUGGCUCCUUCUCACCCCGAUGGCGAUAGAGAAGACCGGAGUUCCGUUGCUCGCGGAUGAUGGCGUACUUGUCAGUCUUGGCGGAUACAAUGACCCGACCGCUGACAGGCCACGUGGAAUGUUUGUCAAACGCAUCGAGGUGCUGUCCUUCCCUGAUCUACCCGGUGGCGGCGGCUAGCCAUGGCAUGCUGCAGCGUGUGUGUGUGUGUGUGUGUGUGUGUGUGUGUGUGUGUGUGCGUGUGUGCGUGUGUGUGCACAGUGUGUGUGUGCCCACUGGGAGUCGCCGGAACACGGCAGACCGGGCAGCUGGUAACAUCUGGCACAUCUGUGGCGUGGUGACCGUGUACCACCGGCAACCUCAAAGUCGCCAUUUUGCCUAUGCAUGUACUACAUGUACCUAUGACGGCCGUUUGCUGCCGUGGUUACCGGACCGCACUGACUAUACGCGCAGGCGUGUAGCCCGCACGGGGCGCGAGGGUCACAUGUCGACCUACACGUACGUAGGUUCAGCAUGCACAUAAUGACCAUGAUGACCUGAACCAGCCAUCCCUACGCGUAUGAUAUUACAGCUAGCUAGCGAACUACGGCCGUGCACCCCCCCCCCCCCCCUAGCAGCUACAUCCCUGUAUGCGCCUGUGGUUAUCCAGCCUGCUCGCCGUUCUAGCGUGAUCAUCGGGCCUGGUGCUGCACAAUGAGCGAACUGUUGGCCGGUCAAUUCAGUCGCUGCUUCCAAGAGCCUGCGCUGGAGUGCUUAGGCCGUAGGUAUUUUCAAGUGUAUCGGAGUUAAAAAGCAGUACGAGGAAGGUGGCCUAAUGUCCUAAUGCUUCGCAGUCAAGUCCAAAUUUUGAAAAUUGUAUCUGGAUAUUACUGUGAUUCGUAUACAUUUUUUAAAUAAAUGCAAGUAAAUCAGAAUUUGUGGGCCAUGUUGCAUUGGAUCAGCAUUGCUUUAUGCUGCACAAUGCUGCUACCGUCUUGAUUUGCUGCGUCCAGAACUUCGACUUGCAGAUACGAAGUACUCAUUAUUAUUAUUCAUGAUUAUUGGGCAUCGCUGGCUACAAGCGAGGGUCCCUGGUUCGAGUCCUGGUGGUGACAGUCAAUUUUUUCUUCAGACUUUUCCCGUUUGUCUCUUUCCCUCAAAACCAGUUAAUAUUUUA